UUUCAGAUGCUCUUCCGAAACUACAACGAUAUCCUUCUACCCAUAUUCAAGCCCGUCUUCCAGUCGAUGGUUGUCAGUGAGAAGGUGAGAGAUCGUCGUUUCGCGGCUGAAUUCUUUGCUGGCAUCAUUCGUGGCUCACGUUAUUGGACAUUCGAAAAGUUGAACGCAAUGUGGCAAUGGAUUGGACCAAUCCUAGCGAGUGCUUUCGAGGAGUUGACGCCUGAUUCGUUCGCGAAUUGGGUGGAGGCACUUCAGGUGAGAUGGUGUGCGAUCUGCAAUCCUUCGCUGAAUUGGAUGAUCUGCAAUCCACGUCACCGAAUUGCGAAAAUUUAUUUCAAAGCACUGAUGCAAUACUUAUUGUGGAAUUUCAAAGCAAAUUUUGCGGUCGUACGUCGUUCGGUUUUCUGUCUUCUGCCAUUGUUGGCGCAUUUCGAGAAUGAUUCAGAUCAAGAACUAGCACUGUUAUGUUAUCAAAAUUUGCAUAUUGGUCUAUCAAACUCGGUCAUCGAUGAGGGCGAUGCCACCUUCGUGAUGGAUGUCAUCGAAAAGACGAUGCACUACAGUAGGUCAUGGAAAUCGAAAGUUUCCCUGCUGAAAUUUUGUCAAGUAUUAGUGUUUUCGAAUUUAUUCGUUUUCGAAAACUACGAUCGUCCUCAGAAAAUUCUCCAGCUGAUCAACUAUCUUAUCACUCACCCACAAGUAGAGGUACGGCUAGCAGCAGCCGAAUCCAUUGCUGGAUUUAUACAAUGUGGUUAUUUCUCUGUCAGUCCAAGCUUCAUCGAGAGUCUCAAGGAGUUAUUACGUGAAUUUCGACGAACGCAUCAGGAUAACUGGGAUGAGCAUAAGAAAUGCUUUACAUUUUCACAACUCAAAAGUAUCAACAAUCUAUUGGUAUCGCCAAAUUAUUACGUGUGA